AUGAACCUGGUGAAUGUUGCAGCUGUUCCUGGACUGCCCAUCGUAGGGAAUCUACUGCAGUUGAAGGAGAAGAAACCUUACAAGGCCUUCGCACGGAUGGCUCAAAAACAUGGACCCAUCUAUUCCAUCAGAACCCGUUCUUCCAGUAUCAUUGUUCUCAACUCCACCAAUCUUGCCAAGGAGGCCAUUGUGCCAGGUUUUCGUAGAUUUCAACAAGGAAGCUAUCAAAAGCCAAAUCCGAUGAACAGGUUCAACAAGCUUCAUAUGUAUAUACCAAUCCUGAAUCCAAGAUAUUCUGGUGACAUGGAAGGACCAACAUUGGGUAAUUCGAUGCCUGAUACUGUGAUGAGAACAUCAUGCUAUGUGAACAUGCCUCUUGGUACUGAAGCUACUGCUAUGGCAGCCCCUGGAGUAGUUAUAGAUUUAUGUGUAUCAUCUGGCAACCAAUCAAGCUUUAGAACAAUCAAUGUUACCAUUAGGUCUUUUUCUUUUGAAGAGUAUAAACAUUGA